AUGAUUAGAUCGCGGCUGCUGCAAGGGCGGGCUGUGGCAAGAAUAAUAAGCUCGCGCGGCCUGUCGACCCAGCAGUACCACGAAGUUGCCGACGAGUGUUUAGAGAGUAUUUUAGCUGCAUACGAGGCGCUGUCAGAAAAAGUGCCCGAGGUCGAAGUAGAGCUGUCGCAGGGAGUGCUGAGCCUGGAGCUGCCUCAUCUUGGAGCCUAUGUGAUCAACAAGCAGCCGCCCAACAAGCAGAUUUGGCUGGCCAGUCCUGUUUCAGGGCCCAAGCGGUUCGAUUACGUUGACGAAAAGUGGGUUUAUGCUCGAGACAAAAGCACUCUGGGAGCUAUUUUGAAGUCGGAGACCCUGCAGGCGGUCAACCAAGAGCUAGGUUUGGAUUUAGAAUGA